AUGAUUGAAGAAGAGGAAGAGAUUAUCCAUAUAAUGGAAGAAAUAGACUGCACCUUUUCAUCAAUCAAUAGGACGCUUAGGAAGAUGAAGGAAGUUGUUGAAAGAAUUGAGAAAGAAAACAAGUUGAUCAUCAACAAUCUAAGUCCAUGGCAAAGGUUUUUCUGCAUAGAAUCAACAGAAGAUGUAAUAAAUGAGUAUGCAGAUUUACCAACACACAAGGAUAUUAGCGAAAGCUGUGCUGAUAAUACAUACGUACUGGAUGAAAGCUCGAUGUCAAUGAAGUUUUCAUCACCCAGGAAUCCAUUUGUGGACAGUGCAUCGUCUGAAACAUUGAACAGGACGUUUCUAGGUAAUCUUGAAGCUAGGUUCAACUGGAGUAAUGCAGAGAACACAUCUUCAAGUAUUGUUCCAGUGGUUGAAGAAAGAGAGUUUGAAUUCCAAGAUGAGUCUGAGUCCUCAGAUGCGAUUCUUCCAUUUAAUCCAAGCAUGCUGCCACCAGCAUUCAGAACAGAUGAAGGAAUAUUUAUGGUCUACAGAUAUAUUGCAGGAUGUUCUGGUGCAACUAUAGAGGAUAUAUGCAGAGGAGUCCCGAUGCUAGGAAGAGAGAGAAUACAGAUAUUUGUUGAUAUGCUGCUUAGGAAGAGGUUCAUAGGUAAAAGAGGAGCAAGCUUUCGGACAUCAUAA